GCGUGAGCAGAGCCUCUGGCUGCCGGAGGAAGGGAGUGACUGAGGGGCUGGCGCGGGAAGGGACAGGAUGGCUUAGCCUCUGGCCACAGGACCCCACGCCAGGGAGAAGCUCUAGGCGGACUCCGAGGCUGUGGUAAUGGCUGGGGCUGGAGGGUCCCCGCGAGGGCCCUGAGCGCCCCUGCACCCAGAAGUUAGCAUCAGUGGGACUUGGAAGCUCCCAUCUCAACAAUAGGGAACCAGUCUGAAACAAGACUCCCAGCCUAGUGCUCCCUUCCGGAAACCCUGACGACUUCCAAGUGCAGCUUGUACCGAGCUAUGGCUGGCGAUUCUAGGAAUGCUAUGAACCAGGAUAUGGAGAUUGGAGUCACUCCCAGGGACCCUAAGAAGAUUCCCAAACAGGCCCGGGAUUACAUCCCCAUUGCCACAGACCGCACCCGUCUGCUGGCAGAAGGCAAGAAGCCCCGCCAGCGCUACAUGGAAAAGAGUGGCAAGUGCAACGUCCACCAUGGCAACGUCCAAGAAACCUAUAGGUACCUGAGCGACCUCUUCACCACCCUGGUGGACCUCAAAUGGCGCUUCAACCUGCUUGUCUUCACGAUGGUCUACACCAUCACUUGGCUGUUCUUUGGUUUCAUUUGGUGGCUGAUUGCCUACAUCCGAGGUGAUCUGGACCACGUUGGUGACCAAGAUUGGAUUCCUUGUGUUGAAAACCUCAGUGGCUUUGUGUCUGCCUUCCUGUUCUCCAUUGAGACUGAAACCACCAUCGGGUAUGGCUUUCGGGUGAUCACAGAGAAGUGUCCAGAGGGGAUCAUACUCCUCUUGGUCCAGGCCAUCCUUGGCUCCAUCGUCAAUGCAUUCAUGGUGGGGUGCAUGUUUGUCAAGAUCAGUCAGCCAAAGAAGAGAGCAGAGACCCUCAUGUUUUCCAACAACGCGGUCAUCUCCAUGCGGGACGAGAAGCUCUGCCUCAUGUUCCGGGUGGGUGACCUUCGCAACUCCCACAUUGUGGAGGCCUCCAUCCGCGCCAAACUCAUCAAGUCCCGGCAGACCAAAGAAGGGGAGUUCAUCCCCCUGAACCAGACGGACAUUAACGUGGGCUUCGACACUGGGGAUGACCGUCUCUUCCUGGUGUCUCCGCUCAUCAUCUCCCACGAGAUAAAUGAGAAGAGCCCUUUCUGGGAGAUGUCUCGGGCCCAGCUGGAUCAGGAGGAGUUUGAAGUCGUGGUCAUUCUAGAAGGGAUGGUGGAAGCAACAGGUAUGACUUGCCAGGCACGGAGCUCCUACAUGGAUACAGAGGUGCUCUGGGGCCACCGAUUCACACCAGUCCUCACCUUGGAAAAGGGCUUCUACGAGGUGGACUACAACACCUUCCAUGACACCUACGAGACCAACACGCCCAGCUGCUGUGCCAAGGAGCUGGCAGAAAUGAGGCGGGAAGGCCGGCUCCUCCAGUAUCUCCCUAGCCCACCCCUGCCGGGGGGCUGUGCUGAAACGGAGCUCGAUACAGAGGCCGAGCAGGAGGGAGAGGACGGGCCCGAGGGCCUGGGUGGGUCCCGGGAGAACACGGGUUCAGUGUGAGGACGGUACUGUCCCCACGACCUCCCCUCGCUGGCCUCUAGGGGCACAGCACCUGCCACAGAGCCGGGGGAGGAGGAGGAAUGAUGUGACUGCGCUGUUUGGGGGGCCCCGGGGCCAUCAAGGCUCCAUGGGGAGGAACAGUAUGUCCAGUCCCGGCAUCUCCCAGCUCAGCCCUUCCUGAGUAGGGGGCCUGUGGCCUGGGCCCCUGUGGCAAUGCUGCCUCUUCCCUCCCGGCCUCUGCCAGCCCUGGCGGCAGGAUGGGUUUCCCCACAAUGAUAGUUACAGAGGGCCCUCUGUCUUCACACACACUUCUCUCUGCCGGCUGGCCGGGAUCACCCCCCUCUUUGGAUCUCACAGACCACCCAGCAGCUCCCCUCCAAGGGCCAGCACCCCUCGCCCCUCCUCCUUACCACCCUGAGGCUUGUUGUGGAUUCUGGGCGGGGAGAUUCUGCCCCCCUGGAAGCUCACACCCCUGGUCGUGGGCUAGGCUCACAGACCUCAUGGGUUAAGGUCAAUCCACAUCACGCAGGCGAUUCCUCCCAACUCCCAGAGCAGUGUCCACCUUCUGAGAGCUACAGAGGACAAGGUCCUUGAUGUUCUGUCCUCCUCUGUGUUUCCUCUGCUGUGUUCUGCGUGUCACAUGUAGCCUCCCAGAUACCUGGUCUCCUGGAAGUAACUCUCAGAAGCUGGCCUGGGCCACCCAGCGCACCCACGAGCUCAUGUACAGCUGUCACGGGCCACUUCCUGGCCAUUCCCCAUCGUACUGUGCCCCACAGCUCCCGCCCAAGGCAGAACCCAGUGGCUGGUUCUUUUCUCGCACUUUUGGCCCAAGAAUCACAAAGUACCUAUCACCUUCGCUGUAGUUUUCUUUCACGGUCUCAGCCUGUGGUGAGAUCCAGGGAGAGAGUGGAGUUUCCAGCACAAGAUGAGCCAGUCAGGACUGAAACCAGGAGGGGGGAGGAAAACCAGAGAGGCAAGCAAUUAAAAUUUUAAAAUGAGAA